AUGGCAUCUUCCCAGUAUCGAUCCACAGGCACAAUUAGUUUGGAUCUUGUUGGAUUGGUAGUACGCCUUUCUGAUCAAUCCGAUUGCGGCGUUCUUCACUUGUAUCGAGGCAAUGACAACGUCAAGCUACCACCUGAGGAACAACAACAGCAAGACGACGACGGCGACGACGACGCGACUUGCGAUAUAAAUAAUAACGAUAACAACACCACCCUCGAAAAGCCAACAGAACCGACAACUACGAUUGUAUGUAGUUUGGAUGUGCCGUCGUAUCUGUCUGUGCCAGACUUUUUAAGCUUUGUAGAGCCAGUUGAUCCGUUUGUAAGCCAUUAUCGAGUUAUCCGUGAGACAGAUCCUGACAAGUACAUGGUCUUGAUGAAGUUUCGCGAUCCUGAAGCAGCACGCGAUUAUUAUAGCCAAUACAAUGGUCGUCGCUUCAGUUCAAUGGAGCCGGAAACAUGCCGAGUCAUCUAUAUCCAAUCUGUCGAGAUGAACUCGGUUCUCAUGCCACCAUACACGUUUCCAUUCGUCAACGACACAACCACCAUCCGACGAGCCGACGAUGACACGCCUAUCUGUCCUGUCUGCUUAGAACGGAUGGAUGAAAAAGUGACUGGAUUAUUGACCAUCCUCUGUCAGCAUACAUUCCAUUGCUAUUGUCUUUCCAAAUGGGGUGAUGGUAGUUGCCCCGUGUGUCGAUAUUCACAAAAACCACAAGCAAAUAACAAUGAUGGGGACGACCCGUUACAAUUGCUACUGCAAGGUCAACAACAAAUACAACAACAAUUUCAAGAACAUCCCGAGCAACAGCAGCAGCAGCAACAACAACAGAAACAAUGGUCCUAUCGAGAGGCAAAUGAGUGUACGGCAUGUGGAUCGAUCGAGAACCUGUGGAUCUGUUUGAUUUGUGGUCAUAUCGGUUGUGAACAGGCAUCGCACGCGUUGGAACAUUCGAACCACAGCAACCAUCCGUAUGCUUUGGAGAUCGAAACACAACGCGUAUGGGAUUUUGCAGGUAAUAAUUACGUCCAUCGCUUGAUUCAGAAUAUGGUGGACGGUAAAUUGGUCGAGUUACCCUCUGGUGGAUCGGCGGAUGAUGAACCAUCCUCCACUCUUGGACCUCACGCAGUUAGUGGUAGCGGCGGUGGUGCACCUCAAGAAAAACUAGAUGCCAUGUCAUUGGAAUAUAGCUACUUGAUGACAUCCCAACUGGAUUCUCAACGAAUAUACUAUGAAGAUUUCUUGGACGACGCCACAUCCCAACUUUCUGCCCUUACUAGACAAGUCAAAGGCUUGACAAAGGAUCUGCAAAACACGCACCAAGAGAAGGAAAAUAUAUCAGAGAAAUGCAGAGAUGCCUCGACAUCACUCAAGGACGCACAGAUGCACAAAGAACGCGUGGAUCAGUCAUUACAGGAGUUCAAGGAUCGGUAUGAAGCUUCACGUCGUCAGCUGGCUACUGAAAAAGAGACAACCAACUCACUUCUUAAAGAAAAUCAAACAUUGCAAAAGUCGAUAGAACAAAGACAGCAGAUGGUCAAGGAGCUAGGUGACCAAGUGCGUGAUCUCAAAUUCUUUUUGGAGGCACGUGAAAAAGUGCAGGAGCAUCCAGAAUUGGGAGGUGGCAGUGUUGGUACUAGGUCAUCAUCAUCCGGACGAAAAGCCAAAAGGGGUGCAAAGCGGUAA